UCCAUUGAUUACUAGCUCCCCUCCAACUCUCAGAUAUAAAUACCAGUUACACCAUGCUUUCCACUAGAGAAGUGUGUAUAGGAGAAACAAGACAAGCACAACAAGCAUUCAGAAAUUCUCUUAUUUGUUAGUAUAAGGGCUAGUAACAGAUAAUCUUGAAUUUAAAGCUUCAUCUAGUUUCAUCUUCCAUAAGUAGAAAAGUGAUAAAGAGAAUACCAGUCAUCAGGUGGGGAUGUACCAUCAUCACCAACACCAAGGAAAAAACAUUCAUUCUUCUUCCAGAAUGCCAAUCCCCUCUGAGAGGCACAUGUUCCUUCAAACAGGAAAUGGGUCUGGUGAUUCUGGACUAGUGCUUUCAACUGAUGCUAAGCCUAGAUUAAAGUGGACACCAGAUCUUCAUGCCAGGUUUAUAGAAGCAGUCAAUCAGUUAGGGGGAGCUGACAAGGCAACUCCAAAAACAGUAAUGAAACUCAUGGGGAUUCCGGGGCUUACCUUGUAUCAUCUAAAGAGCCAUCUUCAGAAGUACAGAUUGAGCAAGAAUCUGCAUGGACAAAGCAACAACGUGACACACAAAAUCACACCAAAUGCAUCAACUGCCGAGAGACUUUCUGAAACCAAUGGAAGUCACAUGAACAAAUUAAGCCUUGGACCACAGACCAACAAAGAUUUGCAUAUAAGCGAGGCACUGCAGAUGCAGAUUGAGGUGCAGAGAAGGCUCAAUGAACAACUUGAGGUACAAAGACACUUGCAACUUAGGAUAGAGGCACAAGGAAAAUACCUGCAGUCUGUGUUGGAGAAAGCUCAAGAGACUCUUGGCAGACAAAAUUUGGGAAUAGUAGGACUUGAAGCUGCCAAAGUUCAACUCUCUGAGCUGGUGUCCAAAGUCUCAUCUCAGUGCCUUAACUCAACAUUCUCAGAACUAAAGAAAUUGCAAGGAUUUUGCCCUCAGCAAACACAAACCAAUCAGCCAAACGAUUGCUCAGGGGACAGUUGCCUCACGUCCUGUGACAGAUCACAAAAUGAUGGCUUAAGACACUUCAACAGCCAUGUAUUCAUGGAACAAAAGGAGGCCACAGAAGCUCCCAACAACUUUAGGAACUCUGAACUCAAGUGGUGUGAUGAUGGGAGAAGGAACACCUUCCUUGCCCCAUUGAGCAAGAAUGAAGAAAGAAGAAGCUAUGCUGUUGAAAGCAGUCCCAGCAACUUAUCCAUGUCCAUUGGACUUGAAAGAGAAACAGAAAAUGGAAGCAGCAUGUAUCCUGAGAGACUAAUCACAGAAAGCCAAUCAAAUGGUGAGUUCCAGCACCGGAACAGAAUCAAGACAGAAACAAUGAAGCCAGUGAAUGAAAAAAUUUCUCAAGAGUAUAUGUUACCUGCUUCUUACUUUGCAGCAGCAAGAUUGGACCUAAACACUCAUGGAGAUAAUGAAGCUGCAACCACUUGUAAACAACUGGACUUGAAUAGAUUCAGUUGGAACUGAGAAGAAUCAGAAGAUACAGAAAGCAAUUAUGCUUCUUCAAAAUUUGAUUCAGCAUAACGGGAGGAUGAUAGGAACACUGUGUUGUUAGUUACUACAAUACAAUUUCUGCUGCUCUUUCUUUCAACCCAACAAAUGACCAGAUGUAAGUCAUUUUUAGCUAAAUGAAAUAAGAUGCAACAAGACCAAUGAUCAAUUUGUUUACAAUUAUUACAAAGGAGAUAGCUCCAGCAACAUCAGGUUUUGUUCUAGUUUAUUCAAAAUUCAAGACAACAUGCAUUAUUAUUCUAGAGAUC